AUGACGUCCGGUCUCGACCGUCUUUGUGAAGCCGUGGAGGCCGCCGAAGCUGCCGAAUCGGCCCGUCGCCAAGAGGGCUUCAUGUGCCCAAACCCCGGCUGCGCACGCAUCUUCUCCAAGCGGUACAACCAGCAAGCCCACAUGCGUCUGCACGACGGCACCCGCCCCUUUUCCUGUCCGCGAUGCAACAAGGACUUCAUGUGGAAGAGCUCGCUCAAGAGCCACGCCAAGAUGCAUAACAAGAUGGACGCCGCCGCCGCUGCCCUCGCCGCAAAGCGUGCUGCCCACCCCGCCUCCGCCAACGCACCCACCUCCUCGAUUCGCUCCCCGCACAAGCAACACCCCACGCAAGUAAAGCCCAUACAAGCAAAGCCUACGCCGAAGCAACACACCAAGCGCGUCGCAAAGAGGCAAAGUAAGACGCCGGGCUCGUCACAAACACGCAAAGUCGCCCGUCAUUCGACCAAGGCGCCUGCUAACGCGGCGCUCAAACGCAGGGCCGACAAUGCAUCACGGGGGGCGGUAGGCCCAUCCGUGUCGGUGCAUCGGUCACUAGGGGGGCCGUCGCGAUCGCAUCAUGUUUCUUCGCCGCAGGCACGGCCGUCGACAAAGCCUAAGGGACCUAUGGGACGGCAGUCGCCGGAUAGUGUGACGCGUAUGGACUUGGAGACUGCCACGUUGUUGACGAUGUUCCAGUAGGGUUGCGGCUGAUGGAGACAGAUUUUGUAGCGAGAGACACGUACUCUCAGAGGUCCUCGGGAGCUAAGAGAGUAUGCGUGCUCCGGUUUCCGUGUGUGAGUCGUGUUUUUUUUGUGAGUGCAUUUCGUGUGAAUAGUUGCGGCAAUAUGUUUUAGACUGUGUUUUGAGUGAGUGCCGCUGUGAUAGUUGACCACGCGCACGGGGAAUGAAAGUUCCGAUUUCGAGGAGUCUGUGUGUGCCUUUAUUCGAGAGAUGUAAUAGUGUGUUGUUUCGUAAAUCAAUUGAUCAGAGCCCUUUUGGCUUGCGCUCGCAAAA